GAUAUCUAUCAAAACUCAGCCCAGGACGGGUUGUUUGGAUCCAAAAUGAACGAAGCGACGCCUAAAAGCGUAAUGGCGGAGUUUAAUAACCUCAGCGGCUCACAGAGACGGCGGUCACCGCGGUUGGCCUCACCUCCGCAGGACACCGUGAAGACAGAGGCCAAAAUGGCGCUGGGCUCUGGGGCCGCUAAACGCUUCAUCACGGUGAGGAAAAUAGUUCCCAGGAAGACGGUGCUGCCUUCGGAGCACGAUAAGGAGAACCAGCCGAGGCGCUCUGGGUCGGGGGAGGCCCAGCAGAAGAAGCAGAAGAUCUCCACUCCUACAGCUGUCCCGGAGCGCCGCCGGGCCUCCCCCUCUUCAUCCCCGGGUGAGAAGAAGAAGAAGGCCGCCGUGAUGCCCUCUCCGAUCCUCCCCUCCUCUCCGCCGCCCUCCACCAACCCCCCGGUGGACCCAGAAGACGCGGUGUGGUCGCAGAAGGUGCGUCGGUCCUACAGCAGACUCAGCGACAGGUCCCGGGACAGGGACACCCUCUUCGGCUUCGAGAAGCUCCAGACGCCGCAGGUGAUGCGCGGAUCCCGGCCGGCGGCCCUGGAGCUCUCCGGACCCUUAUCUGGGCUGAACUCGUUCACGUCUCUGCUGGAGGCCGAGGACUGUGGCUCGGGUCUGCCGGACCCGGACAUCCCCGGAGUGGCGGUGGUGAAGGAGAAGAGGCGGAGGAAGAAGGUGCAGCAGAUCGCCUCCGCCGAUCUGGACGCCCUGGCGGCCCGCAUGAACGCGGAGUUCGAGGAGGCUGAAGGGUUCGAGCUGGUGGUGGAGUGAUGGACCUUCAUCCUCACACUCAGGAAACUGAUGCUUUCUGUCUGUCAUCCUGUUAGACUCUCACAGUCACAGCAUGUGCAUCAUGCUGAAAACACCCACACCUUUGUACAUGUCCCUGUCUUUCCCCUGUAAAUUUUUAUCUAACUGCUCUAAUAUUGUGUGUUUGUGACAUAGUGUUAAGUUUUUGCCUUUUAGUCACUCACAGUUAUUCCAAACGUGUGUUUUAUCUGGAUUACAUCCACAUAUGUGACUUCUGAUGUACAAUUAAGCAGGGAUUUGAGGGAAUAAGCACCACAGAAAGGUUAUAUUUCUGUCUCUUAAGGCUAAAUUGGCGUUUUAGGAGCUCGUGUUAUGAAGGAUGUCUCUUCCUGUACACUAAAUUGGGAUGUGUUGUUUAAGACAUGACUGAGAAGCAGCAGAUUUAAUUCACAUCUGUCACCAUGAGCGUCUUUCUUGAAGUGAGCAUGGUGUGUUAUUGUGUUUUUUGAGCUGACAGAAACUUACGGCUGCUUCUCUGUAUAUUUAUUCUUCACUGUUGGGUUUGUUCAUGCUGAUUUCGAGGUGUUUGUCUUCAUAAAUAUUCAUGAUUCUUCCUGUUUUUCAUCCUCAGAACAUUCACAUUGUUGUAUAUUUCAGUCUUUCUCUUGUCAAAGUUGAUUGUGUGCAUAGAGAUCUUCAAAGUGAUGCCAAAUAUGCGAUUUCUUAUGGUUUUCUUUGAUUAUAUAUCGGGUAAAACUAACAGCAAUGAUGAGGAGGGAACAUCAACGUGUUUCUUUUUGGAUAAAUUGGUAUUUUGUAGAUUUACUCUUGUGAAAACUGAGAAAAGGCAGAUUUAGACAGUACUUCUGAGAUGUGUGUCUUGAUUUUCCUUUGAAAAUGGCUCAUUAUGACACUUGGAAAGUACCUAUAGUGUUUUUCUUGGACUCUUCUUCACCAUAAAGGAGGAUUGAUAGAUUACUUUUGUUAAUACAUGUAAAUAAACAACAUUUUGUCACCCUAAAGGAGAAUUCCCUUCCCAUGGUAAAUAAUAACUUGGUUCUGCAUCUAUCAUCCAGAAUGUAAUCAUUUCCUCUUCUGCACAUGAUAUUGGUCAGAAAGUGUUGAAAUGACGGUAGAAUGAGGGUUGAUGUGGUCGGAGCAGACACACAGCGGUGGUCUCAAGUCGCCGUAAAGAGGCCGACUGAGUGUGUUAAAGGAAUACUCCACCCAAAAAACGAUUUGGCCUCAUUUUCUACUCACCCUCAUGCUGAGAA